CUGACUGUGAGCCGGGGAACUGGACUGGACUGUGGCUUUUCGAGGAGGGGGAGGGAAAGGUGGCGCAGGAGCGAGGGGGAGAAGUAAGAGGCAAGUUGGGCAGAUGGAGGACGGCACGCAGCAGCUGGGACACUGCAUGGUUGACAUGAAGGAACUGAGCGCCAACCCUGAAGGACUGACUGCUGCGGGCGUUCUCCUAACACCCAGACUGCACCAAGUGGAGCUCAGCUUCGCCUGUAAUGAUCUGGUUGCCUCAGGCAGAGACAGGAAGCCCAGCGCUCUAAUCCAGGUGGCUGUCAUAGAUCCUCACGAGCUGAACCUUGUCACUCAGACCUGCACGGAAGUAGUGGAGGCCAACAAGGACCCACUCUUCCUGACAGGGGUGACCUUCCCUCCAGACUAUCAUGUGAGCCCGGAAACACUUGUUAAGCUGAGUGUGUUUGAUGCCAAGGACAAGAACCAGGAUUCAAACAAUUUCCUGGGAAGUGUCACAUUUUCAAUCGGUGAUUUGCUGAGGGCUAAGGAUGAAAGGCUGACCUUGAAUCUCAGGUCAUCUGAUGGUGCGUGCGCCGCGGGAACGGUUGUGGUGAGCCGUCUGAAGAUGGGGGAGAUGGAGGAGGUGGACGUAGACCACAUCGCCACUGACAUCCCAUCACAGAAGUGUCCCUUGGUUUGUGAGUCGGCGUCACACGUCUGCAGCGACAGAGAAAAUAACCCGGUGACAGGACCAGUUUUCAAGAACCCAGUAUGUAAAGUGUACCGGUUUCAGACGGUGGACAGCAAGUGGUUGCUCGUCCGGGAGCAAAUGGAGGAGUGCACGUUAUCGUUUAGCAUUCCCAAACAGCUGCUGUUGCUCUACAUCCGGGAGGACAUGAAUAGGAUGCAGGACCUGAAGGAGCUGGGGGAGCUGUCCCCUCACUGGGACAACCUAAGGAAGGAGGUGAUGACCAGAUACGGAGGAGUCAUCAGCUCCUACCAGGAGACGCUGGCUGAAAUGGACAAGACUUCAGGUCGCUCAUUUAAGCCGAGCUGCUGCAAAGCCCAGAAAUCCCUGGAGUUCAUCCCAAUAAACCUGCACACCCAGAGGAUGAGAGUGACCUGCCCCAGGAAAACAGACACGUUCUAUGACAUCGUUACCGUCGGUGCUCCCGCUGCUCACUACCAGGGCUUUAAGUGCGGCGGCCUGCAGCGUCUCCUCAGCAGAUAUGAAGCGGAGAAGAAAAGCUUCAGCACCGCGUACCAGUGUAUCUACUACUCACCAGAGCACACAGCCAAAGCCCAGGAGGUGCUGAGCUCCGUGAGCCUCCUCCAGCCUCUCAUCACAUCCUUAGCAGACCAGCUGCUCCAGGCUGCCCAGGAGCGCUCCUCCUCUGGACUAAAGGAUGUUCUCAAGAACCUGUCUGACAAGACAGAACAAUUUGUUCACACACUUAAAGACGAGCUGGUCAAGAGUGCACUCCUAGCCCUGCACGCCGCACAGCCUGGGUACGUUUCCAAAAACCAGAGGCAAAACCCAGUGCAGACGGGUCAGCAGCAGGGUCACACUAACUGCGGCCAGAACCACAGUCCGGUCCAGGAUCUCCCGGGCCACAGUCCAGCCACAUUAGUCAGUGAGAACACAGCGGUGUGUAACAACGUGGAAGGAUCACAAACCACAUCGAUCAGAGAAGGAGGUCCCCUAACUCUGAAGCACCAGGACUCAAUACCACACCAGACAGAGUUCGACGAGGAGGAAUGGGACAGAGUGUGGGCCAAUGUUGCCAAGUGUCUCAACUGUGUAAUCGCCAUGGUGGACAAACUCCAGGAGGACGACAACAGUAGACAGCAGUCGGCGCCGGAGCAGCAGCGUGCUGAUGUCAUCACUUCACACAACAACACUGGUAAAGGUCUCGUGACUCAGCGCAGCUCUGGGAAUGAUGGCUCCGUGUAUGGUGAUUGGAGGGAGCAGCUGAAGCCUGUGGUGACCAGGUUGAAGGAGUGUGUGACAGAGGUGGUGGAGAAGGCCAAGAAGGCCAUGACAUUUGUUCUCCUACAGGAGGCGGUGUGCAGCAUACCACAGGGUUUCCUCCUUCAGCAGAGGAGAGACGUGGUCUUCAGUCAGGCACUGGCAGCCUUGGCCUGUGGUUUCAUCAUGAGAUUGUACGCAGGAAUGGAGGACAAAGGAUUCCUGCAGCAGCUCCACCUAGUGGGCCUGCUGGCCCAGUUUGAGAGCCUGCUCAGCACCUAUAGUGAAGAGAUCGGAAUGCUGGAAGAUAUGGAGGUUGGAAUAUCAGACCUGCAGCGUGUUCGGUUCAAGAUCACAGAGGCCAAGACGGAUGACCUCAGUGACCUGCAGCCGUCAGUGUGUGGCCAACGCGACCACUUCACUGUCGAAGUGCCGUUACCCAGGCUGCUUUUCCAGACCUUACCGGAGGAGAUCAGAAGCGGGAAGCUUCUACAUAUAUUCCCGGUGCUGUUUAACGUGGGCAUUAAUGAACAGCAGACUAUAGCAGAGAGGUUCGGGGAUAUCUCACUGCAAGAGAGAAUAAAUCAUAAAAACUUCGAGCUCCUUGAAGCCUAUUAUAAAUUAUUGAGUGAAAGUAUGCCACAAGAAUGUCUACCGUCCUUUCACUCACAGACAGAUGUAAAAGAAUUACUUGAAACCCUGGGCCAGAAUGUAGUCACGAAGAAGAGGAAGAAUGUGGAGAUACUGUGGAUUGCUGGAACGAUCUGCCGGAGGUUAAAUGGCAUCAGGUUCACCAGCUGUAAAAGUGCCAAAGACCGAACAUCCAUGUCUGUCACGUUGGAGCAAUGCGCUCUCCUACGUGAUGAACACCAUCUCAGCAAAGAUUUCUUCGUCCGAGCCCUCGACUGUAUGCGGAGAGAGGGAUGUCGUAUUGAGAAUGUUCAAAAGAACAUUAGAUGCAGGAAGUAUGCCUUCAACAUGUUGCAGCUGAUGGCCUUCCCCAAGUGCUACCGACCACCAGAGGGAACCUACGGCAAAGUGGACUCAUGAGUGGACCGCGAGAUCACUGAACCCACACCCUUCUGUGCAUGUCUAAAUAUUUAUAUUCUUAGAUAUUUUCGAGGCAAAUUAACCAACUGUCCAAUCAGUGGAAGGAAAGUUUUCUCUGAACAAACCUUCAGUAUGUCUGUUUCUAGAACAUUUUAAGGUCAAAGUAAAAGGCCUAACCAGGCGCUGAGCCUGUCUACAAGUCCUCUGUAAAUACUUUGUGUACAUUCAAGUGCAAACAUUUGAGUAUCACUGUUAAUUGCAGAUGAGUUUUUUAUUAUUAUUAUUUUUAUUAUUAUUAUUAUCCCCCCCAGUCUGUUCAUGGUCACAUGUUUUAUCUCCAGGUACAGCUCGGUGUAAGGAUGUGAGGUAAGAAGAGAAGUUAGAGAAUAAUAAUAGACCACCAUGUCUGUAUGGUAUAAAAACAAAUUCCAUUAUUUAUUUUUGUGAAAUAAAAUGCGUUUAUAUUCUGA